CGCCAUCCUCUGCUGCUGCACAAGCCAAGAACUUGAAGAUGCCCGCAAAGGUGACCGAGCGAGCAACUGAGCACAGCAACAAGGACUCGACGAGCAUCUCCCUGCACAAGCAGCAUUAUGUCAAGAUCAGGAAUUAUGUUCGCAGAUGGGACGCGUUCAAGUCUUGCAUCGCGGGCAAGUCGCUAGACUCUGCCCACGCAACCCAAGUUGUGAAUGAUCAGAAGGCAAUGUGCGACACCUUGAAAAUGCUCAUCGUCUCUUCUCGCCAUCGUCCCGGCGCCUUCAAGCUCGCCGUUGCAUCCACGUCGCUGGCCGAUCGAUUGUCAAGGGCGAGAAGAGGACAGCCGAGCCUGAGGCAGCUGAAUGCGAAGCAGAAGCUGAUUAAUCAUCUUCGCCUCAAGCUCUACCUCCAAGAGUUUGGAGUCCCCCGCAAGGUCAAGCAGUGCAGCCACGUCAAGGGCUCCAGCCCUUCGCCUUCCUGCUUGGACGGAAAGCCCAACGCUCAGUCGCUGCACGCGGCCGGCGAGUCUGCAGGGAGAGACUGGCAGGCAGUGGCGAAGAUGUGGGACGAAAUGAGCACUCCGCAAACUUUUGUGGUGAAACUUCAGCACGGGAUUUAAGCUCGCUGACGGUCGGAUGGACCUGCUGUAUGUGUUGCUGACAAGUACGAGUGUCAUCUCUUCGUUUCCUCCCUUAACUAGACUAAACUUCCUAGACCACUUGAAUUAAAUAUACCAAAUCAAA